AUGGUUGCUCGCAUUCUGAUCUUGCUAGGAGUACUGCUAGCAGUGUCUUUUACUAUCGGCUUGGCAUUUGACCAGAGCGCUCUUCAAGAUUUCUGCGUUGCAGAUCAAACAAGUUCAGUUCUGGUGAAUGGUUUAGCCUGCAAGGAUCCCAAGCUAGCUCAAGCCAAUGACUUCAUCUUCAGUGGACUUCACAUAGCAGGCAACACAUCAAAUGUGUUUGGGUCAAAGGUGACACCGGUUAUCGUGGGCCAACUAGCAGGGUUGAACACACUUGGUAUCUCCAUUGCCCGCAUUGAUUACCAACCAUGGGGUAUCAAUCCUCCUCACAUGCACCCUCGGGCCACAGAAAUUCAAGUCGUCUUUGAAGGUGACCUCGAAGUUGGUUUUGUCACAUCCAACCCCGAAAAUCGUCUCAUCACAAAGGUGCUACAAAAGGGUGAUGUUUUUGUCUUCCCCAUUGGUCUCAUGCACUAUCAAAGAAACGUAGGUUCUAUUAAUGUUGUUGCCAUUGCUGCUCUGAGCAGUCAAAACCCUGGAGUCAUCACAAUUGGGAAUGCGGUGUUUGGGUCUACACCAGAAAUCACAAGUGACAUUCUUAUGAAGGCUUUCCAAGUUGAUAAGAAUGUUGUCGAUUACAUCAAAUCCAAGUUCUAG